CCGAAAUAACACACCUCUGGUAGCCCACUCCAAGUGCCUCUCUUGCCGGCAUGAUUAUGUCAAGAGCAAAAGGACUUUUCGGGAUUGUACUGGCCACCGUGUUCUGCACCAUAGCAAACGCUCUGCCCUCUACACAUGCUGUUCAUGAGAAACGAGAUCGGGUUCCGUCAGAAUGGAGAUCAGUUGGCCAACCGAGACCGGACUCGCUAUUGCGCGUUCGAAUUGGACUGAAACAAAACAACCUACAUCGGGCGGAUGAGUAUCUAUUGGACGUGUGAUAAAGGUCCCAUCCUCGAUCUUCAAAUUAUGGAAGGUACUGGUCUGCGAACCAGAUCAUUGAUACCUUUGCACCCUCAAACCGUACCAUGGCGCUGGCGAGGUCAUGGUUAAUCGAGUCCGGCAUCAGCGAUGCACGCAUAUUCUUGAACCGUAACAAAGGCUGGCUAGAGCUUGUGGCCACGGCCAAAGAGGCGGAAGAAUUGUUACACAAUCAAUAUUUUCAGUAUCAGAAUGUACAUACCGGCCAGUCUGUCCUUGCCUGUGACCAAUACCAUGUACCGCACAGCAUCCAGGAACAUAUUGAUUAUGUAGAACCGGGGAUCAGACUCCCAGUAUUCCAACAACCGCAGAAGUUUCUUCACAAACGGGACAAAAUCCUGAUCCACGGUGCUUCAGGUCGAAUGCAUCUUCCUGACUCAGAUGACCGUGACGUGCUCACAUCACUAGAUUGUGACAAGGCAAUCACCCCGGACUGCGUCAGAGCUUUGUACAAGAUUCCACUUGCCACCAAGUCUCAUCCUCAAAACUCUUUGGGCAUAUUUCAGGAAGACAACUACUUCCAUGCUGAAGAUCUGGACUUAUUUUUCGAAAACCAGACAACCCACAUUCCACUUGGUACUCGGCCUCUAGAAGUCAUGAUUGCGAACACCGAUGGAGGCGGAUCAUCAUCGAAAUUCGGUCUCGAAUCAGCGUUGGACCUCCAAGUGGCGUAUCCCAUUGUAUAUCCGCAAACAAUCACAGUCUACCAAACAAAUGAUCACCUUGACGCUCAGUAUUCAUCCCAAGGUUUUCUCGAUGGGUUUCUAAAUGCAAUUGAUGGGUCAUAUUGCACCGACUGUGCUUUGGGGAAAUGUGAUGGCGAAAGAGCCAAUCCUAACCCUCCCGCAUCUGACAACCGGAUACUCUGCGGCAUCUACAAACCACCCAACGUCAUUUCAAUAUCGUAUGGAGGUCCUGAGCAAAAUUUCCCAAUUGCAUAUCAAAGACGACAGUGCAAUGAGUAUAUGAAGCUCGGUCUUCAAGGGGUGUCAGUUCUGUUUGCUUCGGGUGACAAUGGUGUCGCAGGCCACGACGGCUGUCUAGGCCCAAAGAAGGACAUAUUCAGCCCAACAUUCCCAGCCAACUGUCCGUACGUAACUUCCGUGGGGGGCACGAAGGUGCUGCCGGAACAUGCGCCCUCUGUACCCGAGAGUGCGUUAUACAACAGUGAUGGAAAUAAUAUCCUAUCAUCCGGUGGUGGGUUUAGCAACGUGUUCCAAGCUUCAUCCUAUCAGACAGCAGCCAUAUCCAAGUACUUUGCCACUUCUAAUCCAGAAUAUCCCUAUUACGAGGGAAAUUGGACAUCCGGAGGUGACUCUGGUCUAUAUAAUCGUCUUGGUCGAGGCUACCCUGACGUGGCUGCAGUUGCCGAUAAUAUCGCGCUUUGGUAUAAAGCUAAAUUCGGCCAUACAGGCGGAACCAGUGCGAGUACACCGAUAUUCGCAGCCAUAAUUAACCGCAUUAUUGAUGAGCGACUAGCUAUUGGGAAGGGUCCUCUUGGCUUCUUGAAUUCGGUACUCUAUGACAAUGAAUGGGUCCUUAAUGACAUCGUCAAUGGAUCGAAUCCAGGAUGCGGGACCGAGGGGUUUAGAGCUGCUGUAGGGUGGGAUCCUGUGACAGGAUUGGGAACACCGGACUACGAGAAGAUGUUACAUUUAUUUCUUGGCCUUCCAUGAUGUGUCUGUCGCUGGGCUUUAUGAUCAAUACAAGGCUGAGUCCACUCUCAGGUGCGAUGAUAAACACUGAUCGCCGCAGAAUGUAUCCCUCAUAAGUCAACUUUUUCUUGACAGCUUCCUAGAUAGUUUCCUAGAUAGUUCCCUAAAUAGUUUCGUAGACG